AUGUCAACAUUUGCAAGAAGAAGGAUUAUUCAAGACCUGAACAAAAUAAACAAGGAACAAAAUCGAAGUUUUGAAGCAGCUCCUUUUUCUGAUAACAUAAUGUGCUGUCAUUCAAUUAUAAGAGGCCCAGAAGAUACAAUAUGGGAAUGUGGAAUUUUUCAUUUAAUUAUUAAUUUUUCAGAGGAAUAUCCAGUUAGCCCUCCUAAGGUAAAAUUUUUAUCAAAAAUGUUUCAUCCAAAUAUAUAUACCGAUGGAAAUAUUUGCCUAGAUAUACUACAAAAUCAAUGGAGCCCUAUUUAUGAUAUUACUUCAUUGUUGACAUCAAUUCAAUCUUUGUUAAAUGACCCCAAUACGGCUUCACCAGCAAAUCCAGAAGCAGCUAAAAUUUUUAUGACAGACAAAUUAUUAUACAAUAAGAGAGUCUUGAUGUGCGUUGAAGAUAGUUGGGAAAUCCCCAAAUUUAACACUAAUGGUUUUAAUUAA